AUGUCCAGCAGUGGCAGUCAUGGGGCAGAAGGCUCAUCAAGCAACAUUCCCCUAGACUACCAUCUCCAGCACCAGCAUCAGCAGCAGAGUCCAGUCACUCUUAGCCGCUAUGAGUCUCAGAAGAGAAGGGACUGGAACACUUUUGGACAAUACUUGAAGAACCAAAGACCCCCAGUUCCUCUCUCUCAGUGCAAUUGCAACCAUGUGCUUGAUUUCCUAAGGUAUCUGGACCAGUUUGGGAAGACCAAGGUUCACCUCCAAGGGUGCAUGUUCUUUGGGCAGCCUGAACCGCCUGCACCCUGCACUUGUCCUCUCAGACAAGCUUGGGGCAGCCUUGAUGCCCUUAUAGGCAGGCUUAGAGCUGCCUACGAGGAAAAUGGAGGCUCCCCAGAAACUAACCCUUUUGCUAGUGGCUCCAUCCGUGUCUACCUUAGGGAGGUCAGGGAGUGCCAAGCUAAGGCUAGAGGUAUACCUUACAAGAAGAAAAAGAAGACCCCAAAAGGAAAUGUUGAAGAAUCGUCAACCUCCUCCAUCCACUUCUCUUGA